AUGAAAAAAUUCAAAAUAUUGAGCUCACCCAGGGUUGUAUUCUCUUUUUUCAGUAUGAUGAAUUUUGUGCUGCUGAAUAGUGGUAUCGAGCAAAAUGGAAAACUCCUGUCAUCACAACUAGAUGUAAGAGCAUCCCCAAGACAGCUGUCUCAAUUUACAGCUCCUUCAAGUGUGUAUGCUGAUCCAAGUGAGCUAAAUCUUCACCCUCAUGAUAAUGAGUACAUCUUUGAAUUAGGUGAUGAAUAUAUCAAUGGUGGUGCUUUUGGUCAAGGAGAAAAUAUCGAAUCGGAAAAAGAGGAUGAAGUAAGAGGAAUAGAAGAAUUGGAAAAACUAGAAGAUGGACAAGAGGAAAAAUGCGAGCAAGAAGAACAAUACGAUGAAGAAGACCUGAUGGAUUAUGAAGGAAGAAUAGAUAUAGCAUCCAUAUUGAAGGAUCAUGUGCUCGUUGUGCCGAAAGAUAAAGUCGAGUUUCUACUUGUUGAAUGUAUAAAAAUUCAAAUAUCGGACUACCAAAUUGUAAUGGAUAAUUUAUUGAGUGAACUGCAUGAAUUAGCCUCGGAAUAUGGAUUGUCACAGGAAGAGAAAAUGAAAUUGUGGAAUGAAUUCCAAGAAGAAAUAUCGAAAGAUUUUAAAGAAGUAGACGAUUAUUAUAAUGAAAUUUAUCGUAUUAAUAUGCACGCCGAUACAGUAGCAACCGUUCCUUUCCUUUCAUCCUUAAGGAAAUUUCUCAACAUGUGGAAAAAUUGUAUAGAUAAAACUGAGAAAAAAUGGUCCACCAUUUUGAAAGUGAAGACUCAAGAGUACGAAGGAACUGCGUAA